AUCGUGACGUCAGGCACGACUUCCAUUGAGCGGAGACGCUUCAUACGAUCAUAGACCCGGACGCCGUAUCUGAGCACUGCAGGUUGAUUCACUCCUAUUUGAAGGCCGUUUAUAGAUAUAGGAUAUACCAUACGAAGAACUGACGAUCUGCACUCCUGCCUACGUUUCUCUCCUAGACGACAGCGGAGGUGGUUGUGUGAGGGGAGAGUGUGUGAGUGUGUGUGCGAGUAAUGGCGGAGCAGCAGAGACAGCGUUCACUCUCCACGUCGGGAGAAUCCCUAUACCUGGUCCUGGGAGUUGAUAAGAACACCGCACAAGAAGACAUAAAGAAAUCCUACAGGAAACUAGCUCUGAAAUUCCACCCAGACAAGAACCCCGACAAUCCAGAAGCGGUUGAGAAAUUCAAAGAAAUCAACAAUGCUCAUGCCAUUUUAUCAGACCCCACCAAACGCAACAUCUAUGACAAAUACGGAUCUCUGGGCCUUUACGUGGCAGAACAGUUCGGAGAGGAGAAUGUUAACACGUACUUUGUAUUGUCCAGCUGGUGGGCCAAGGCAUUGUUUAUAUUCUGCGGUGUGGCCACGGGCUGCUACUUCUGCUGCUGUCUGUGCUGCUGUUGUAACUGCUGCUGUGGGAAGUGUAAACCUCAUCCUCCACAUUCAGAUGAGCCGGAUUUCUAUGUGUCUCCUGAAGACUUGGAAGCUCAGAUGCAGUCUGAUGAGAGAGGCCGCGCAGAUGGCAGCAGCCCCAUCGUGAUGCAGCCGUCCUCUGCCACGGAGACCACUCAGCUGACCGCAGACUCGUCUUACCACACCAGCUACCGGACAGACGCCAACUAUUAAAUCCUCCCUCGCUCUCUCGCACAUGAGACCACCAUCCCCGGAAGAGGUCUCUGUGGGGAGCGAGUGAUCCAGAGGAAGAGGGUGAGGGGGUUAGUUAGUUCCAGA